AUGGCCAAAUCCAAGUCUACUUCUGGCUCCGACAGGGCCUCUGCAGACGCUCCCGAAGAUCUCCCCGCCAAUGCCGAAGAUCGGGCCGCUGCAGUUGCUCUCUCUUCUCUGAACACGACCACUGCUGACACGCAACCCGGUGUUGCUCCUCCGUCUAAGGCUGACCAGGAGGCACUCGGUAAAGCAAUGAGUCGAUUGGAAGUUCUUACUGGAAAGAGCAACACGGAAGCUACGGCUGAUGCCAAGAAAGACGCUGGUGGGAUCGAGAAGACGUCUGAGGAGAAGGUUGUGAAAAAGCCUGUUGUUAAAGUCAAAGCAGAAGAUGUCAAUUUACUGGUCGAUCAGCUUGAAUUUAGCAAGCCAAAGGCUACCGAGCUACUGAAGACGCAUGAAGGCGAUCCUCGUAAGGCAUUGCGAGCUUUUGUAUCACCGCCAACCAUUCGGCAUUUGCCUGCAUUUGCUUGA